AUGAACAUGAUCAAUCAAAGAGUUGAAAAUAAAAUGCCUUAUCAAUAAAAGCAAAAUGGUCAAUAGAAUAAUUAAAAGUUAUUAGGCAAAGCGAAACCUCCACCACCCUUAAACUAAGAGCAGCUUCAGAGUUAGCUUAAUGAGCUGAAUCAAAAGAUAAUAAUUAAUAAGGAAACUGAAUCCCUCUAAAAUCUAGAAAACGACUAGCUUAUAUCAACUCUAAGAGAUUAAAUCGAAGGAGAAAAUAUUAAGUGGCAUGAGCUUAAUAUAGAUUUAAAAACCCUCCAGAUAGAAUUAGAUGGUUUAUUGCUGCAGUUCAAAGAUCAAGAUAAUCUUGCAUUAGAGUUAUAAUAAAACUACACAGAACAAAGCGAAUAGCUUAAGUGUUGUCAGAGCAAAUAAACACUUAUUCAAUUAGAAACUUAGUAACUUGCUGAAGAAUUGUAAUAUCUUGAUUAAGAGAUAAUAGAGAUUAGUGAUAUACUUCAAUUAGAAUCAGAAUUAGAACUUCAAUAUUACAGAUCUGAAGUACUAGAAAAAGAGAUUAAGAACAUCCAGGCUAGAAGAGGUCCUUACAUAAUCGGCAUAAUUUCCUCCGCCGCAAACAAUGGAGAUUAAAAUAUUGCUUGUAAUUUAAAGAACUUUGAUAGAAUUCUUGAUGACUCAUAGUCUUUGCUAGAUUCUUUCCCAGAUUCAUUUAGCUAUAUGAGUAAUAUGAUAUUUGAUAGUUAUUUGAACCCGGAUUAAUUAAUUAGAUUUAAAAAUGCUAGUUUCAUCUUGAUUUCAGAUUCUUUAUUUGGUCAUUUUUUUCAAAAAAUUGAGUAAAGAGGUAUCAAGUAAAAUAAGUGUCUUGAAAAUGAGUAUAUUAGCAUCUAUUAGAUUCACCCAGCAGAGGGAAUUAAGAUAUAAAUAGCUAAUUUAACAGGCUAUAACGAUGAUCCUGAGAAAGUGGUCUAAACAUUGAGGAAACUUAGACAAUUUGGAUAUUUAAUUCAAAAUGAUUAGGAAGAGUAUAUCAUCAAUAGAAAGUUAAAUGAAAUAUGUAAGGGAUGUGAAGAGACUCGCAAGAUAAUGCAAUUAGUUUCACAUAAAGAGUAAAUUCUCAUAAUUAUGGACAUCAACCAAAUAGCCAGUGCCGACUAAUAAAGUCUAGACAAUAGUUAUUGCAGUUAGAAUAAGGAACUGCAGUCAGUUAUAAACUUGUUUAGGAAAAUUAAGUUCUUUAACUAUUGA